AUGGCUGCAAUGCGCUCUUUGAUGGUUGCAAGCAGCGUCGCCUUUGCAUUGGCGUGCCAAGAUGUGUACCGUGUCAGUCGCGAUGCGUAUAUGCGAUCGAUGUGGGGCGUUUCCAUUGGCGGUUUGGCAGUGGGAAUCCUGGCGAUCGUCCUGACGUCACUGCCUUUGUGCCGUGGUGUCUUGAAGCAGCAUGGGAAGGUGCUUGCUGCCAUUAGCAUCGUUCUGGGGGUGCUGGCUAUGUUCUUUCCGCUCUUUGGAGCACUGGUCUCGUGCGCGCCCUUCGUGGAUGCAGCAUGCAACGAUGCUUGCACUCCAUGCACAGAUGAGGAAAAGAAGAUCUGGGCCAGUGCUUGCCAAACACUUGGCAUCAUCUUCGUCUACUUGGUGGUGUUCGGUUGGGCAGCCUGUGUCCUGGGCGUUGUGGGAGCCAGCCUGGCUUGCUGCGUUUGCUGCCAGUGCUGCAAAGCCAAGCUUGAUGACCCGACGUUGUUGUGGGAACAGCAGCGCCAGCAUGAAGCUCGGCUGAAAAGCUGGGUUGGCAUGAAAGAUACGGGUACCAGAAGAGCGCUAAAAGGCAGUGAUGCCGUGCUGGAGUCAGAUGCUCCCAAUGCCAGGCUUGUCGACAGCAGCUGGCAGUGUCCCGGUGGCAACCGAAGUGUAUUGCAAUUUGUGGGAAGCUUUUUGUCAAUCCUCAAAGCCGUGGUCCCAAUCCGUCUCAAUUCUGGAGAUUUGGUGAUGAAUAUGAAUGUCGACAUGGCUGCAAUGCGCUCUUUGAUGGUUGCAAGCAGCGUCGCUUUUGCAUUGGCGUGCCAAGAUGUGAACGGUUUCGAUCAGGAUGCGUAUGCUGCAUCGCUGUGGGGAGGUUCCAUUGGCGGUAUGGUAGUGGGAAUCCUGGUGAUCGUCCUGAUGUCUCUGCCUUUGUGCUGUGGUGUCUUGAAGCAGUACGGGAAGGUGCUGGGUGCCAUUGGCAUCGUUCUGGGAGUGCUGGCUUUGGUCAUUCCGCUAUUUGGAGCACUGGGCUCGUGCGUGCCCUUCGUGGAUGCAGCAUGCAACGAUGCUUGCACUCCGUGCACAGAUGAGGAAAAGAAGAUCUGGGCCAGUGCUUGCCAAACGCUUGGCAUCAUCUUCGUCUACUUGGUGGUGUUCGGUUGGGCAGCCUGUGUCCUGGGCAUUGUGGGAGCCAGCCUGGCUUGCUGCGUUUGCUGCCAGUGCUGCAAAGCCAAGCUUGAUGACCCGGCGGUGAAGCAGGGCGCCCCACCAGUUGUUGUGGGAACAGCAGCGCCAGCAUGA